UCAGAGGCCCACGCCAACGUUGCUGCACUAUUACCUAGGAAAGAUUCCUUGAAGAGGUCCAUUCGUGCGAUGAGAAAAGUUGGUAACAUGCCAAGACUACCUCAAACCAUUGACCAACUAAACAUUCCACAGGAGUUUCGGGAGAUCAAUAUUGACGGCACUUUGCAUCAAUUUCUUCUGUGGGACUCGGGGAUUGAAGCCAACCGAAUAUUGAUGUUUGGAACAAGACAAAAUCUCCACUUAUUAUUUAGAAGUGAGGAAUGGUUCGCCGACGGCACGUUUUCUUCUGCGCCAGCUUUAUUCCAGCAACUCUACACAAUUCACGUAGUGCACGGCGGCCUCGUUAUUCCGGCGCUGUACGCCUUGCUGCCAAACAAGACCAAAGCAACAUAUCAACGAAUGCUACAGCAUAUUAAGGCUGCGAUUCAGGCGUUUGAUGAGGAAUUUCCAAACAUCGAAAAGACGGGCUGCUUCUUCCACCUAUCACAGUCUGUUUGGCGAAAAGUUCAAAAUGAAGGACUAACAGCGCGCUAUCAGAAUGACCACGAAUUUUCCCGUUGGAUUCGAAUGAUACCCUCUCUUGCUUUUCUUCCCCCUGACAGGGUUACACAAUCAUUUGAAGAUCUCUUGGACGAUCCGGACUUUCCUCAGGAAGCACUACCCAUUGCCAACUAUUUCGAGGACACUUACAUUGGUCGAAUUAACCGAAGAGGACGUCAGGCCCCCUUGUUUCCAAUUCAAUUUUGGAACGUUUAUCAACGGACACUGAAUGGUCAACAUCGCACCAACAAUGACGUCGAGGGUUGGCACCGUAGCUUUCAAGAGACCUGUGGUUCACUUUUUCCUAACAUCUACCGCUUCAUUAACUGCCUGAAACGACAGCAAGGUCUCCACAACUUUGAAAUGGUGCAAAUCUUGGCCGGAAAUGCCCCCACUGCGCGAAACAAGAAAUAAACGGUUAUUUCAGCAAGGGUACUGCGUAUUGUGGAGGACUUAGGCAAUCGAAAUUUGAUAGAUUACCUCAGGGGUAUAGCGUACAAUUUUGAAUUUUAAUCACCAUCCGUGGAUGUCUUGCACAGGUCCAUAUUCAAUCUUAUUGUAUUAUGUUCUUAAUUAUACAUUAUUAACGUUAUUCAUUGUAUCAUUCACAAACUUAUUCAAUCCUACCUAACAUCCU